AACAAUUUUUGACACAUCAAAAAGCACAAAGCAGAAGUUUGUUUUUAUAUUUGUUUUAUUUGGAUUUUUCUGAAAAAGGAGUAAAAGUGACUUAAUAAUUUAUUGUACGAUCGAGUUAUUUUCUUUUACAGAACGCAGUACCUAUUACCUAAUUGUAUCCUCCACCAAGACAAAAUGGAAAUUCUUUAACUCCCUCACUCAAAUGAUCAUCUUAAAUCUUAAUUAAUAAAAUAAACAUGUGGAAAUAUGUAACGCGUCGUAUUAGAGAUACAUUUGAAAAAGGUGCUAAUCAUUUUGAUAAACGGCAUUCUGCUGUGUUGAAUACAAAGAAUAAUUUACAAGAAGAGAAAAAUAAGAAUGCAAACUCUCCAUGCUGCUGGUUUAUGUCUAGAAAGUGUUGGAACAGCUAUCAAAACGGAAAUGACACUAACAACAAACGAUGGAACUUUGAACAGUUAAAUCGCACUUGGAUUGGUGCCAUAACAUGGAGUAGUGCUUUAGUAUUUGGAUGGUAUACAAGCCAGCUCAUUCACCUGAAAUGUAAGAAGGAAUCCAAAAUUAACAACAAAUACUGUUUGCCUAAAAUCAGCUAUUUGUUCCAAAUCUUACCCUGCUUGAACAAUGAUUCUUUUCAUCCACUGCAGUUACCACCUCAGUUAGAAACAUCAUUUCCAAAUGUACCACCUACUCUACAUUUUGUAACAAAUGAUAAUUUAGAGACUAGUCAAAGUAGUGGCAGUACUGCUAACUCAGAUGAUUUGGGAGAGGUUCUAAAUUCAAUUGAAAACAGACUUGGUUUAGCUGCUAUUGAGAAUGGACAACAUCAAGAUGGACUUAACUUGCUCAGAUCUGCAGCUAAUCGUAACCACCCACCAGCGUUGUACAACUUAGGACUUUGUUAUGAACUAGGUAUGGGAGUGGAAACUGAUGAGAAAAUAGCGAUGGAGCUUUACCGUUCAGCUGCGGCGUUGCAACACCCGGGUGCACUUUAUAAUCUAGGGAUAUACUACGGUCAAGGACGCGGCGGUCUUACUAGAGAUAAGGCAACUGCUAUUCGGCUUUUACGCCUGGCCGCAGUACAAGGUCAACAGGAUGCCAUCACUGCAUUAAAAUCACUCGAGGAACCAUCAAUGACACCACCAGAAACUGAAAUGGAUGCUUGGACUAAACAAUUCACACCUUUCACCAAUCAUGCCAACAUAGUUCCGACGCAUUCAGCUUUGUUUAUUGACAAUAAUAAUACUUUAAAUGCACAAAAUUAUAACUAUGAACCAGUGGUAUUUUAAAUCUUGACUUAGAAUGGUGGUGGUAAUUUAUUGCAUUUUAAUGAGCUGUACUACCACUGGUUUUAAAAAAAAUUAUAAACAAUUACAUUGGUUUUGAGUGUAAAUAAUGUUUUUGCUUUAUGUUACAAUUAUUUUCUGAUAAAGCAUUGUCUUUAAGUUUAUACUAUAGAUGAAAAUUUGCGUGCACACAUAUUUUAAAGAACUUCAAAGUUUCGCUCAUUCCUAACAAAUAUUUAAUUGUAUAAAUCCUUUUGAUGUGUUAAGAAAAUAAGUUAAGAAUGAUUUCAUAUGUUUGAAAUAUUGCUGCUUAUAACACCAUUAUAUUGUAUGUGUAUAAGAAGUAGAUCUGUUUUAACUAUAACAAUUUAAGUUAAAGAAAAAUCCAUUUGUGACAGAGAAUGUUGUUAGCAAUGUUGCAUUAGCUGGAAGUUUGAAAGUUCGUCUACAUUUCCUAGAAUGGCAAACUUAUCUUAGAAGUUUAUGCUUUUUUAUGAUAUAUUUUCAAAGACAAUUUGGCCAAAUUUGAUUAUGACCUUGUGAUUGUGUUUCAAGAAUAAGUUAAAUGUUCAGGUAUCCAUGAAAUAGAAUGUAAAAUUAACCAUGUGAAAUAUAAUUUUGAAUAUUGAACUAUUUACUUUGAAUGAAAUGCAAGUCACAUAUGCAAAGAGCACCUGCUGCAUAUAUUUGGUCAGCGUAUUCUCAGUAUCUGCAUUUAAGUAAAUAAUGAACAGGAUAUUUUAAAAGAGUUAUGAAAAAAUAUUUUUGUUAGAGGAAGCCUGAAGUUCUUUUCAAAAGAGCCUGUUGAGGGCCUCUUAUAAAGCACUUUUUUAUUCAGCUGUAUUUUGACACAAUCUCUAAAUAUAGAAAUUAAGACUUCUUUUAGACUAUGAAUUAAGUUUUUGUGUGUAUAUUUUAAACCAUAUUCUGAUAUAAUUAAUGGUAAAUUUGGUGGAAGUUUUAAUUAAUGCAUAUUUUCCACAUAUACAAAAAAAGCUAAAUUCACACAUUGUAUAGAUCUAAAAUAGCAAUGACAACCAUUUUGUUUCAAUACAAAUCUAUAGUAGUGCCACUUAUUAGAUUCAUAUAUAUAUUUUUAUUAAUAGGUUAUAACUGAAGGUAAACAAUACAACAAUUUAGUGAAUAUUCUUGUAUUGAUUGACUAACAUUUCAUGUUCAUAAUGCUGUAUAACAGUGUAAAGUGAAAUAAAAGUCUUAAUUUUUAA